AUGCUUACAAAUGACGAGUGGAAUUUAAUGAAUGAUUUAACUCAUUUACUUGGUCCAUUUAAUGAAUAUACAGAGUAUUUUAGUGGUAGUGAAUAUGUUACAAUUAGCAUGAUGUAUCUGUUGAUUACUGCUCUUAAGAUUAAGCUAUGGCCAAAAAAACGUCGAAUCAAAAUUAAUACACCUACAAAUACAAAUGGAUUACUAGAUCGCAUAAAAUUGUCUCUUUAUAAAGUCUUACUUCACUAUUGGCCAACUCCUGAUAUAAAUGUAUAUCUUGCAUGUCAAUUGGACCCAAGAUGCAAAAGGUUACAUGUUUUAUCAACUGAUGAGCAAAAUCAGGUUGAAGAAACUUUGCAUGUUGUGUAUGCAGAAUUUAAGGAACGACACUGUUUAUCUAAACAAGUUACUUCAUUGAUAUCCAAAUCAGUUUCUAUGACUAAUCAAAAUAAAAAACAAGCUUACCGUAAAGGAUUCAUCAAAUCUGUUUUUUCACCAAGCUUACAAAACCAAAAUAAUAAUGAAGUUACAAGUUACCUUGCUCUUCAAUGGUAUUUCUAA